UGAGUCUAAUGGGCUUAUCACAAAGUCAAUAAAAUAUCAGAAGCUAAGGUUGCUGUUGGAGGAGAUCGAGGAAGAAGUAGAAAGAAGGGUGAAAAAAUGGCGAAACCAUUGGGAACUACGGGAGAGUUUUUCAAGAGAAGGGAUGAGUGGAGGAAACACCCGAUGCUUUCUAAUCAGAUGAGACACGCUCUACCUGGUCUCGGCAUCGGUGUUGGAGCCUUCUGCGUUUACCUCGUCGGCGAGCAGAUCUAUAGCAAACUCAUGGCUCCUUCUUCUCAAUCAUCGCAUCAGAAACAACCAGCUCCGUCUCACUGAGCGAUUGUUUGAUGAUGAUGAUGGUGAAACCGCAGCAGAUAAAGAGCUGAGGGAUUCACAGCUUGCCAUUUUUCUUGCUUUAUCUCAAUAAGAUGUUGAUGAAAGACAAAAGGACUUGUAUGACUUUUUGCAAUGUGGUCUUGUUUAUGUAUUGUCUUUUGGUCAGUAUUUUGAACCUCGGUCCCGAUCAGACACCAAACCGGACAAUCUUCUGGGUUACCAGGUCAUUGGAUCGACCGACCGUGGGUAAACCAUAAAUUAAUUAAUUUUAUUUAUAUAAUAAUAUGUUAGUUAUGAAAAUAAAAAUGUAAUAUCCAAACUUAC